UAUUUUAUUGGACUUCUUCUUCUCCACCUCACUUCCAUUUCACCCUUUCUCUGCGCAGCAACCACAUUGUAUCUCUCUCUCUCUCUCUAAACUUCUUCACCUCUCUCUCUCUACAAUCCGAAGUUCUUCUUUUCUGAAGCUUCGUUCAGUUUAUAUCCCAUCAAAAGCCCUAGCCCAAUAUAUACAGACAAUCAUUUACAUGCACUUAUUCGGAUUUGGGAUUGUGUGUUCUUGCGGAUGGAACUUUGGCGCCGAUCGGCCAUCAAAAGGUGUUUAUUCUGUGUUUUGAUUUGUGAGAAGAACUGGUGAUAGUUUUCGUUGAAAUCAACCGUGCCGUUUUGAAGAGCAUUGGCGCUGUUAUGGCUUCUACUGUUCCUGCGAAAUCUCAGCCGCUACACAAUUUUACUCUGCCGCAUCUCAAAUGGAAUAAGGACGGGCACUCGGGCGCCGCCCACCAACGCCGCCGCUCCAUCAAAUCGCCGUCCCGGAGCCCUAGUAUGUCAUCCGCAUCUCCUAUCCGCCAGCCGCCGUUUCGUGAUUCCGUUUCAGCGACGCCGCCUCGACGUCAGUCUCCGUUGCGCGACUCCGUGGUGGUGGUGGCGUCGCCGCGUGAGUCUCUGGCUAACGGGGAGCAUCUGGGUAAACAGUCUCCGACACCUGGAGAAUCAUCCAAACUGUAUCCAGCUCGCGAGUGGGUGAAACACUCGCCGAUCGGUGGAGAGCCGGCGCGGCAUUUGCCCAAGCGUGAUUUGGCUUCCGAAUCGGAGGCUUCGGGCAGAAGUAAAGGGGCUUUGGUUGAGUCCCGGAGAAAUAAUUCAAAGAGUUUGACGUCGAAUAGUAUAAAGAAUGGGGUUUAUUCAACAAAUCCUGAACGAGCUACUCAGAAAUUUGAGACGAAAUCGAAGGGAAAAGAAGUCGAUGUGGCUGGAACUAAGAGAUCGAAAAUCUUAAUUAAAAUUCCUUGCAAGAACAACAAAACGGAGGAGGAAAGUCCGCAAGAAGAGCCGCUGAAGAUUCUGAAUGCUGAUGAAGAUGAUGAGAAUAAUGAAGUGCAAGAAGGGGCGAAGACUAGUAAUAGUGUUGAUGAAGAAACCAAGACAUGGAAUUUGAGACCUCGAAAGCCCAUACGCAGGUCGCUAAAUGUGACUGGAGGUACAGUGAAAAACAAUGGUUUGGCGAUGCCCGAAAAGAAUAAAGCUCAGUCACCCAUGAGUCUGAACAAUAGAUCAGGGGAAAAUGAAGGGAACGGCGGGGGUGGUGAGAAGAAGGAGAAGAGGAAGCUGAGCAUUUCUGUGGCGCUGUCGAAAGAGGAGAUAGAGGAGGACAUUUUCGCACUGACUGGAUCAAAGCCAGCGAGGAGGCCUAAGAAGAGAGCAAAGAACAUACAGAAACAAGUAGAUUCUGUGUUUCCUGGAUUAUGGCUAGUGUCAAUAACAGCAGAUUCAUACAAGGUGUCUGAAAAUUCUCUAAAGGGUUAGAUGCAAUCAACUGACAGAAGAUCAUGGCUUUCAAGUGUGCUCAAUGGAAGUUUAAUGUUCUUGGCUUCCAAAUUUUGUGAUGGCACUUGCAGGUAUAAUCUGCAGGAACUUGUAUUUGAAAGGAAGAAUAAGUGGUCUUAUAGGGUUUAGUUCCCAGUUCUUCUUUUCUUUCUUUUUGAUCUCCUAACAUAGGGAGAUUCAUGAUAGUUCCUUUAUUUAUCAGUAGUGGCAGUUGUAAAUAUGGAUUUCUUGAUCUUUAAGAUUUUCAUUCCAGUACCCA